AUGACCGACCUCACCCCCACAUUCACCCAGCUGGUGCACAGCAAAUCGCCGACCUCGAAACUCUCCACAGGGUAUAUGACGACCGAAAUCGCCGACGAAUUCCUCAAAGAAGCCUACCGAAUUAACAAUCAUAUCACUUCAUUACUAUCCUACCUCCAAACCAUCCGCCCAUCCUACCUCUCCCUCACCAACACAAAACCAACCACCACCACCCCCAAACAAACCGAAAUACUAGACGACUCCGCCCGCGACACCAUAACCACCACGACCUCAACCCUCCUCUCCAACCUCUCCACAUCAAUAACCACCCUCAGCGCAGCAGAGAAUCUCCGCCAGGAGACCGUUUCGCGGAGCAUCGCACAGAGAUUCGGGAAGGGAUUAUUUGCCCGUUGGGCUGGCGGAGCCACCACUCUAACUUCCCCGGAGGGUGAUGGAAAUGAAGGAAAGGAUAAAGAGCAGAUUAUUGAGGAGGAGAAGGAAAAAGUGUUAAAGGGGGUGAGGGAAAGCGUGCUAUUCUAUCUGAAUCUGAAGCUGGGGAAUGUGGUUAAUGAGCAGAGGGAUAUGGUGGAGAAGAGGAUUGAGAGGGUGAGGGAGAGGGAGAGGAGUGUGCUUUAUAAGAAUACUUCUUCGUCUGCUGGAAUUGUUGGUGGUGGUGGAUGGGGGAGGGUGGAUGGGGAGGAGUGGAGGGGGGAUAAUACUACUGGUGUGGUGAAGAUGGAUGAGAAUGAGGUCAAAGAGAUCGAGAAACAGUUAACUCCGCAGCAAUUGCAACUGUUCGAGGAGGAGAAUGAUUCCCUGGUGAGGUAUUUUGAGGAUGUGGUGGGGAAGGUUCAGAACGCAGAAAAAUCCCUCCUUGAGAUUUCCUCUCUCCAGCAAACCCUCGUGUCGCAUCUAUCUACCCAAGAGGAAUAUAUCUCGCAGCUGGUGACGGAUGCGAGUAAUACCGAGGCGAAUAUUGGGCAGGGGAAUAAGGAGUUGAAGCGGGCGACGGAGAGACGGAGUACGGCGCAGGCGGUGUUUUGGGGAACGGUGGGGUUGUGUACGUGGUUGGUUGUUUGGGAUUUGGUUUUUUAG